UUGAAAGCACUUAAUGUCGAUUAAUAACCUAAAUAUCAAUUAUAUUAAUAAACAUUUAAGUAUUUAAUGAACAAGUGAUAGAAAUAUUGGUCACAUUUUAUGCUUCAAUAUCAACGAUGUUUUGAUGAUAAUUAUCUAAUAAAGUGUUUGAAUGGCAAUGAGUGAAGAAGUAUUGGAUUCGUGGGAAGAUAUGAUUGAUGAUAAUGGGCUCUUAGACAACAAAUUCUCUGAUAUGAAUAUAAAUAACUCGAAGACAAGUGUAAAGUCGGCCACAAGUGAUGGUAACUCAAGCUUUGAUGUCACACAAGAGUCACAACAGUGGCCACAGUUAACAAACAACAGCACUAAUGAUAACUCAAUUCGGAUUCUGAAGAGACCAACAAAUAUAGUGUCAAACAUGUCGUCGGCCAACACUUCCAGUAGUGAUACAAAUCAAAACCAAACAAUUAUUACUUUGGAGGACAACACACGUACACAAUAUGUACCACCCGUUCGGAUACUCAAGAGACCAGAUACUAGAUUUUGUGAUCCUAAUAAUAAAUCACUAAAUAAAUUAACUAAUGGUAACAAAAGUACUAAUAGUAAGACAUAUGAAGAACGAGAAGCCGAUUACGCCAAAGCAAGACUGAGAAUAUUAGGCAGUGCUUCGGCACCUGAAGAGGACACUAAUUUAACACAGAAUUCAUCACUCGCUGCCAUUGCUAUGAAUAAUAGAUUAUCACCUGAAAGCAGUUCAACAAAAUUAGACUUAAAUAAACAUUUAAAUGAAACAACAAAUAAUGUGCCCAUCAUUAGGCUUCCACUCGGACCCGAUGGCACUAAAGGUUUUAAUAGUCAAAUCCGCGCUCAACAACAACAACAUAGGUAGCGGUCUUGUUAUUCGUCCAGUUAUUUGAAAAUUCAUAUAUAUUUCUAUAUAUC